CUGGCCAUCAACCCUUCUUUUUUCUUCUCACUAACCCACUCUCUGGUUCAUGCUGGUCUUGUUCUGAACGCACAUAUAUUUAGUCUUGCUGAGAUCUCCGGCACCCAAUCCCGUCGAUUGUCUCCAAGGAUCCAACCCCGGUAGCACAUCCACCCUUUCCCCUCGGAUCUUAUACAUUCUCGAGUCUCCCCAAGCCUACAACUGCCUCCAUCCUCAUUUCUUUCUCACCAUCAAGAAAAGAUCAUAAACCCUCGUCUCCCCAUUGAUCAAUCCUCUGGUCCAUCCGCUUCUUUCUGCCCAAUCUUGUGCACGCCUCAUCUUUUCCCGCCUUAACCCAGGAGUAGAAGCCACAGAGUUUCAACGUCGGCCUCUUCUUGAUUUCUUUUUGCUCACAUAACCCACCGCUGCCACCACAUCAUCAUCUUGGCCUCGUCCCAAUGGCCCUGACGGAACAGACAGCCACGCCCCAGGCUUGGGGCCGCUGGCAACAGCAGCCUACUGGCCAUGGGUACGCCAUGAUGGACCACUCGACCUUCGUACCGUACGAAUCCAGAGCAGCAACAUCUGCUCCCAUGAACGGCGCCAUCAUGGCCCCUCAAUACAUGGUCGCACCUCAGUACAACAUGACACCAAUGCCGGCAAUGGGUCAUUGCACAAGUCAGAAUCACUUCGCCUAUGCCCAGUACGAUUCGCCUACGACCAACAUGAACAUGCCUUUCAGACUCCCGGCACACCAGGAGCGGCCGGUCAUGCCCGUUGCCGCCCCAGACCAUGAUGUCCCUCGUGCUAGCUCGUACCCCCAAGAAAGCCCAUCGGCCCAGAACGACCGACACAGCAGCCCUUCCACCCGCAGCGAGACGAAAAUGAGCAACCCCAAGACACCCCACCCGCUUAACACCAAGGACAUCAAAUUCAACAAGCCCACUAGCGCCGAACCCGUCAACUUCACUACUGCCAUCGACACUCUUAUGAAGGCUAUUCAGAAGAGACACGACUCGGAGGACAUCGUUAAAGGUGUCCCAGAAAUUGAGCAGCUUGUCAAGCCAGAGCCCAGGUCGCCCAAGCCGGAGGCUGGCCCAGUCACUUCCGUUCCAACACCUGUCCCAGCGGCCACGGAGUCCACGGAUACCCCGAAGCCUAAGCGCUACGUCUGCACCAUCGAUGGCUGUGGCAAGAGCUUCUACCAGAGCACCCACCUGGACACUCACAGGCGUGCCCACACUGGCGAGAAGCCAUACCAAUGCAAUUGGCCUCGUUGUGGACGCACUUUCUCCCAGCCGGGCAACCUUAAGACUCACAUGCGUCGCCACACUGGCGAGAAGCCUUUCCGAUGCGAACAGUGCAGCAAGGUUUUUGCGCAGCGUGGCAACCUCCAGACGCACAUGGCGACGCACACAAACGCAAAACCAUUCGUCUGCAAAUUGGAUGACUGCAACAAGAUGUUCACCCAGAGAGGAAAUCUCAAGAACCAUCAAAACAAAUACCACGAGAAGACUCUGAUGGAGAUGACUGACUGGAUCGUUUCUAUUUCCGAUAUCGACGCCCUGUCCGAUGACCAAAGAGAGAUGUACUGGUAUUUUGCCAACCUCUACAAGAACAGCAACAAGGGCAUCAAGGGCCGUGGCAAGGACCGCAGAGUGAGCAACCGUGGCUCCAAGUCUAGGACGGCGCCUUCAUCAUACCCUGUUAAGCGCGUUCCUGGACCUUCCAGCCUAGCAGCCUACAGCUCGAAGCGACUACCCCCACCAGAGCAGUAUAUGCAGCAGCAGCAACAACAGCAGCACCAUCAACAAGGCUACGAGGUUUACGACACAGACAUGGACCAGUCCUCGAGCGCCAGCAGCCCUAGAUACGACGGCAUCCCUGUUGCUUACCGCGACCGCAUGUACCAGCAGUCAACCCACGCGAUGUACUAAAGAUCGAGCGGAAACGAAGGACCGAGUGGACAUGCGUCAAAUUCUUCUAUACGAAUAUACGAAAACCUUUCAUAUAA